AUGCGAGAAAUGGAGGCUCGAAGUGGUCACGGGAAUCGGAUGGUGAGGGAGACCGUGUGGUUUUUUGUGGCAGUGGGGGCCGGAGAGUGGGAAAAGAGUGAGAUUUUGGAAGGAGAGGAGAAUGUGAGGGUAAAGAGAGGUGGGGGCUCCGUGAAGGUAUAUGCCCCAUCGGAGCCAAAGAAACCAAAUAGCUCCUAUUUAUAA